AUGCGCAUUACCGUGAGCGUGAUUCGUCCGGAUCAGGCCGACGCCGACAUCUUCUCUCUGGAAGUCGGUGGGGACAUGACCGUCGAGCUCCUCAAAGCCAUCGUUGAAAGCGAAACCUCCAUCCCUCCUCCCUCCCAACGUAUUCUCUACAACAAUCAACUACUCGCCGAUGAUGCUCGCACCCUCGAACAGGUUGGCAUUGGUGAGGGCGACAUGAUAGGUGUUCAGGUUACGCUGCGGAGACCCCAGGCCCCUCCACGGAGUAUCGGGGGCCCCAGCUCUGCAGCUGCCCAACAAAACCUGCAGCGAAGACAGGCAAUGACACCAGAUCCCGAGACGAUUCGUCUACAUAUUCUCGGUAAUCCGCAAGUGCGCGAGGCUGUUCGACGGCAGAAUCCGGAACUGGCGGAGGUGGCCAACGAUGCACAGCGCUUCCGUGAUGUCCUUCAACGACAACAACAGCGCGAGGCUCAGGCCGCAGCAGAGAAGGAGGCUCGAAUUGCCAUGCUGAAUGCUGAUCCGUUCAACCCCGAGAAUCAACGCGAGAUCGAGGAGAUUAUCCGUCAAAACGCGGUAACGGAAAACCUCCACAAUGCCAUGGAACACCACCCAGAGUCAUUUGGUCGCGUAACCAUGCUGUAUAUCCCUGUCGAGGUCAAUGGCCAUAGACUCAACGCAUUCGUCGAUUCCGGCGCACAGGUCACCAUCAUGUCACCCGAAUGUGCGACCGCGUGCAACAUCAUGCGACUCGUCGACCAGCGAUAUGGAGGGAUCGCAAAGGGCGUUGGUACGGCUAACAUUAUCGGUCGGGUGCAUUCAGCACAAAUCAAGAUUGGAAGCAUGUUUCUUCCAUGCUCCUUCACAGUUAUGGAGGGAAAGCACAUUGAUCUACUCCUAGGCUUGGACAUGUUGAGGAGACACCAAGCCUGCAUUGACCUCAAACGAGGUGCACUCAUCAUUCAAGACCAAGCGGUCCCGUUCUUGGGAGAGGCAGACAUUCCCAAGCACCUCCAGGAGGAAUUCGAGGAUGAGCCCAUGAUCAAGGGAGCCGAUGGCGCCGAAGUCGGCGCCCGGACAGGUGCGGUCACGCAUCAGGCCAGCCGCAGCCAAGCAGCAGCUGGUGGCCCCAACAUGGCCUCUGCGGCAUCCUCUUCCCGCCCAGCCCCGCCGCAGUCACGCUGGCCGGCGGACUCCAUCGCGAAGAUCACCGAACUAGGCUUUACGCGAGAAGAAGCCAUGCGAGCUUUAGACGCAGCCAACGGAGACCUAGAUGGAGCCAUUGGAUUUCUGAUAUGA